AUGCCUCCUCCACCCACAGGAGUUCGUCCGGCAAUUUCCAAGCCUGCACCCAAACCUACCAAAAUACGAUAUUUCAAGGGCAAAGCGCCCGACGCCCCUCCUUCAGAUUCCGAAUCGGACGAUGAUGAAGAGGAACAACAGCAGCAGCAGCAGAUAAAGAGGCGAGAUGAAGCUACUAAGAUAGAUAAGAACUAUGUGGCUGGUGGAGCUGGACGGGUGAUCAUGCCUGGAGGAGGAGUUAAGAUGGAGCUGGGUAGUGUCAAAGUGGGCGGUACGAAGAUGCCAUUAGGCAAGGAUGGUGGUGUUAAAGAAGAAUCAUCCGAAGAAGAGACCGACGAAGAAUCAGAGGAAGAGGCUAAACCGGGUGUGGAGGACGAGUCAAGUGAAUAUGAGACGGACUCAGAGGAAGAAUCAGAGCCUGAACCACCCAAACCCGUCUUCCGACCUGUUUUCAAACCGAAAAACGCAAGGAAUACCACGGCCGAGAAGGCUGCUCAGGAAGCUGAAGAAGCCGCAAGGAGGGAAGAGGAGAUGAGGGAGGAGAAGAAAUUGGCUAGUAAGGAGCUGGCGGGGGAGACCAUACGAAGGGAACUUGCCGAGCGUGAGGCGCAAACUGUCGAACAGACAGUCGACGAUACCGAUGGCCUCGACCCCACAUCCGAAUUCGACGCCUGGCGAGCAAGAGAACUUUCCCGUCUAUUGCGGGAUAAACAGGCUCAAGCAGCAAGGGACGAAGAGCAAGCUGAGAUUGAAAGGCGUAGAGCCAUGCCUGAGGAACAGAGAAUGGCGGAAGAUCUGGAGUUCGCCAACAAGACAAGGGAGAAGGAAAAGGGUCAGAUGGGUUUCUUACAGAAAUAUUAUCACAAAGGUGCUUUCCACCAGGACGACGAUAUUUUACAAAGAGAUUAUACGGGAGCUACCGAGCAUUCCGUGGAUAUGUCGAUGUUGCCCAAGGUCAUGCAAGUGAGGGAUUUCGGGAAAGCCUCGAGGUCGAAAUAUACACAUUUGGCAGAUCAGGAUACUUCACAAGGUGGUUGGGGAAAUACAGCUAAGAUGGGUGCUGGUGGUGUAGCGACCACUCAGACGGGAUGUUGGAACUGUGGAGGUCCGCAUCUGCGUAAAGAUUGUCCGAACAACAAUAUCAACGAUCCCGGACAAGGUCCAUUGACAGGAGGGUACGGUACAAGUGCGAACACCGCUCAAUUAGGUUCGGGUAGUAAAUGGGGUAAUAACGGAGAUGGAUAUAACAAUAGGGAUAGGGAUGAUCGUGGUGGCGGGAGGUACAGGGACGAAGGAAGAGAGAGGAGGUUUGACGAAGAAAGACGGCGAGAUAAGGACGAUAGGAAUAGGGAUAGAGAUGACUAUCGGGGUCGGGAUAAGCAGAGGGAUUAUGGACGAGAUAGGUAUAGAGACGAGAGGAGGAGAGAAAGAAGCUAUUCGCCUUCAAGCCGGAAGAGAGAUGAGAGGGAUGAUCGACAUCGCGAUGAUAGGCGGAGGGAUGAGCGUGAUAGAGAUAGGGACAGAGAAAGAGAAAGAGAAAGGGACAGGGACAGGGACAGGAGGAGAUAA